AUGAAGGAGAUAGUUUUUUUGAUUUUACCAGUAGGUAUAAUUUUAUCUAUUUGUUUAUUAAGCGGUGUAGUGAUGUUUCAAAAAUUUGCCAUAUACAUUCAAAAAAAAAGUAUUAAUUUUGAAAUAUAUUCUCACAAAAUAAGUGUUUCAAUUUCAUCAAUAAUAUCGUUAUAUUCUUUAGUUCGUUUUUUAUUCACCCUUUUUGAAUUAAAAAAUUUUAAUGAUGAAAAUGUAGAUUAUUUUAAUGCCCCAAAUUUUCGAAAUUCAUACUUAAAAAAAAUCAGACUACAAAGGAAUUUUUGGAUUUUAUUAUUAUCUACAAUAACCUGGAUAUUUUUUGUCCGUUUUACUUAUUUGCUUGGAUAUUAUCGAGAGUGUGUAAAAAAAAUUAAUGAUGAGUUUGAAAAAAUUUUAGAAUCAAAAAGAGAUUCCCAAGGUUUACAAAAAAAACUAUCACAAAUAUUCCGAUCUACUGAAGAGAAAAAUUCUAAAAUAGACGAACCAAACAAUUUAAAUAAAACGAAAAAUGAAAAAAUAAUAGAUGACCUUAGUAAGGAUAAAAAAGGGAACACCAUAAGACAACGACAUUGA